AUGGACGCUGAUCUCUUAUUACUUUAUUAUUUUGGAUAUGUUCAAUCUUGUCUUUCUUAUGCCAUCAUGUGCUGGGGCAGCUGUGCUAGGGCUGAUGAGGGCUUCAGAGCUCAAAAGAGAAUAAUUAGAAUUAUAUUAUUCAAAUCGUUUACCUUUUCUUGUACAGAAUUAUCCCCAGAAUUGAACCUACUAACAUUUCCCUCCCUGUUCAUUCUUGCAUCAAUGAUGCAGGUCAAAAAUAACUUAUCUGAAUAUGCUGUUUCUAGGAAUAAUCAAUAUGAUCUUAGAGUAAAUAUGGAUAUGACCUUACCCAAGCACAGACUGACCAUCAAGGUAGCAAAUGGUCCAUUCCUACCAAAUUAA